AAACAAGACUUAGAAGAGUGUCAUGUUCCAUUGGAGAAAAGCAUACUACAUUAUUAUAAUAUAUCUGUUUAUGACACGUGGACGGUCUGCCACAAAUAUAAUACGCUUAUUUAGCCAAGAAAAUGAUGCUAAAGGAAAUCGUGCAAUGGCCGCAGAGAAAGCAAUAAGGACAAAAGUUGUGAUCACACCUCAGUAGUCCAACUUUGCAACUUCUGUAGGACCCAAAUGGUCCCAUAGAAUUAUGUGUCACCAUGAGUGCAUGACACGUGUCAUAUGGGUGUUGGGUCCAGGCCUCUAUAAAAGGCCACCUAAUUCUGUUAUCCUUGCACAGAUCUCAGCCUGAACUCAAAGAUGUCUUCCACAUGCUUGCUAGUGUUGCUGCUGGGACUGGUGGUUCUCACUACCUCGUCUCUUGCUGACUACCCCAAGCAUCCCCCACUUCAGAAACCACCUACGGAACACCAAUCACCAACUAAACCUCCCAAUGGAGAGAAGCCACUCCCCGAACACAAGCCACCAACUCCAUUUGGCAAACCACCCCAGGGAGAGAAGCCACCACCACAACACAAGCCAUCGGACAAAACUCGUAAGCUUCUCCAGGUAGAGAAGCCGCUUCCGGAGCACAAGCCGCCGGUGAAGAAACCACCUACGGAACAGCAGCCACCAACUGAACCUCCCAAGGGAGAGAAGCCAGUUCCCGAACACAAGCCACCAAGCCCAUUUGGCAAACCACCCCAGGGAGAGAAGCCGCCACCAGAACAAAAGCCAUCUGACAAAACUCGUAACCUUCUCCAGGGAGAGAAGCCACUCCCCGAACACAAGCCACCAAGCCCAUUCGGCAAACCACCCCAGGGAGAGAAGCCACCACCAGAACACAAGCCAUCUGACAAAACUCGUAACCUUCUCCAGGGAGAGAAGCCACUCCCCGAACACAAGCCACCAAGCCCAUUCGGCAAACCACCCCAGGGAGAGAAGCCACCACCAGAACAAAAGCCAUAUGACAAAACUCGUAACCUUCUCCAGGGAGAGAAGCCACUCCCCGAACACAAGCCACCAAGCCCAUUCGGCAAACCACCCCAGGGAGAGAAGCCACCACCAGAACAAAAGCCAUCUGACAAAACUCGUAACCUUCUCCAGGGAGAGAAGCCACUCCCCGAACACAAGCCACCAAGCCCAUUCGGCAAACCACCCCAGGGAGAGAAGCCACCACCAGAACACAAGCCAUCUGACAAGACUCGAAACCUACUCGAGGGAGAGAAACAACUCCCGGAGCACAAGCCACCAAGCUCAUUAGGCAAACCACCAAAGGGACAGAAGCCACCAGCUCCUACCCAGAAGCCAUCCCACAAACCACCAUCUCCCACCCAUCCCAACUGAGCGACUUUGGUUAGUUUGGGAUUUGAGUUGUACGUAAAAUAAGAGCUGCUGCCCGCUGUGCACUGGUCAUCUUAUUCUUUCCCUGUGAGCAUAUAGGUUCUAUGUAUCAGUCACUGCUAUGUUUCUGUUUGAGAAUGGUGAUUUGAGUACUCAUUGUAGGUUUUUCUCCCUUGCCACUGGGUGAUGAGUAUUGUGACACUGUUUAUUUUAUUAUAUAUAGAGAAUAUUGAGUGUUACUUGCA